AUGUCAAAACCUAAGACAGCUAUAAUUAUUUACUCCUUAUAUCAUCACAUUGCAAAACUUGCUGAAUCGGUCAAAGCUGGCGUUGAACUGGCAGGAGGAAGUGCCACAUUGUAUCAAGUCCCUGAAACUUUACCCGACUCGCUUCUCAAAAAGUUGCAUGCUCCUCCAAGACCUGAUAUUCCAAUCGCCACUAUUGAUACUUUAAAAGAAUACGAUUCCUUUUUGUUUGGUAUCCCAACUAGGUUUGGUAACUUUCCAUCUCAAUGGAAGGCAUUCUGGGAUAGUACUGGAUCUUUGUGGGCAAAUGGCUCUUUGAUCGGGAAACACGCUGGAAUGUUUGUUUCGACAGGUGGAGCCGGUGGAGGGCAAGAAACAACCCUCAUGAGUUCCCUUCCUGUUUUGGUACACCAUGGAAUUGUCUUCGUUCCUUUGGGGUACUCUCAUCCUGGAAUCAGCUCCUUAGAAGAGGUUCACGGUGGCUCUCCUUGGGGUGCAGGUACUUUUGCGGGUCCAGAUGGUUCCAGAAAGGUAAGUGAAUUGGAGCUAGAGAUUGCAAAAGCGCAGGGUAAGAACUUUUAUAACACUAUCACUAAAUAUAGUAAAUGA